GUUCCUGAUCUUUUAUACAACUUGUACAAUUAUGAUCUGCUGCCUGGUAGCACUACUGGGACUGAACAUGAUUCCUACAUCAUUCAUGGACAAACACACACAGCAGGAUAUGUGUGUAGAGCUGGAAGAGGAGACCCAGAGUAUCACACUCAUUACAGUGAACCAAAGUUUCUCUGGUCUGCAGAUGUUCAUCCAGCAGCAUCUCUCACACUGAAUCCUGACAGAGUUCAACACUUCAGAUAUGACUCUGUUUCACUGAACUGUGGAGGAAACUCUACUAAGUUGAGAAUGAGGAGGUUUACAGAAACAGUUUUUCUGUCAAGCUGCUCCUCCUGGGGGAGAAUGAUUGGAUCCUCAUGUAACAUGAACAUGAACUUGUACCACAAUGGAGUUUACUGGUGUGAGUCUGGAUCAGGAGAGUUCAGCAAUGCAGUCAACAUCACUGUACAUGAUGAUGAUGAUGGCGUCAUCCUGGUGAGCCCCGUCCAUCCUGUGACUGAGGGAGAUUUUGUCAGUCUGAGCUGCAGACGGAGAAAACAAAACACACUUUCCAAUGUUUCUUUCUAUCACAAUGACAAACUUCUCCAACAUGAUGGCAGAGAGGAGCUGAACAUCUCUGCAGUGUCACAGUCAGACGAAGGUUUCUACAAGUGUCAACAUGCAGGAAAGACGUCACAACAGAGCUGGAUGUCAGUUACAGCCGCUGUGUCCAGACCUGAAAACUCUUCAUUUCCUCUGCUGCUGAUCGUUGGACCAGUUGCUGGAAUUGUGUUUAUUUUACUGAUCUUACUUUGUUGGUACAGAAGGUCUAAAGGUUUUUCCACAGAGCAGACGGUCAACCAGUGUGAAAAUCACCAGCAAGUUUACUCCUCUCUCCUCCACGGAGACAUUUCUGUCUAUGAAAGAGUCAGACGCUCUGAAAACUCUCCAGAUGCGAGGUCAUCAACAGAGCAACAGAAGCUCAGAGGAAACUCUGCUCUCAUGGUUUGUUAGCAGAGCUGAAAAAAUUCACCUUCAUCAGGUUCGUCUGCAGAAUCUACUGCAUCUCUGCAGAAAGGUGUUCAUUUAAACUGUUGUUGAAGUUCUGCUUUUUGGACCGGAGAUGAACUACAGAGUGAACUGUUUUAAUCAGUGUUGCUUCUGUUUUCUGCUUCUGAAACAAAAUUCGGUCCAGAUCAACACCAAAACUUCUGUUAUAAAC